AUGGCGGAGACCGAAAGCCCAAAGGCCAUGGAUCUCCCAAAGGGCUUUACGCCCUUGAGCGACUUCGUUCAGUUGAAGGCCCCCCCUCAAAGUAUCGUGAAUGUCAUUGGUCUCGUCAAGGAUUUCCGUCGCCCGAUUGUUACUACCGGAAAAGAUUAUAAAUGUCAAAUGAGUCUCAUUGACAUGUCUCUAUCGAAUGAGUCUGAGGGACAAGACGUGAACCUCGUAAUCUUCCGGCCUCCAGGAGACAUGCCCACUGUCAAAAGCGGCGAUGUUGUUGUUGCUCAUCAAGUAAAGCAAACGCCAGCCCCGUCAAAGCCAUCCGCCACAGACGAAAAACGAACCCCAGCACCCAUAGAGGGGCAGUACAUCUCUUGGCUGUACCACAACAUCGACAAGACGGAAAUUCCUGACCCUGAAGUGUUUGAAAUCCAAGCCAACCAAUCGCUCAAUAUAAAGAACAAGCUGUGCGAGUUGCAGGAUGUUCGGGAUGGCAAGUUCCAUGAUCUCAUCGUCCAGGUUGUCAAAGAUCCACACGAAUUCGGAGACAAGGUGACACUGUACGUCUCGGAUUACACGGAGAAUUCCGGCUUCUUUCACUACACCAACAAGCGCCUGGACACUGAUGGUGGUCGAGACGGUGACCCGUACGGCUAUACCCAUGCUAAGACUCGGAAGUCCAACUCGGAAAUCCAGUCAGAGGGGCCUUUUGGCAAGCAAACCAUGCAAAUCACUUGCUGGAAUCCUCAUGCCACUAUCAUCCGAGAAAGAAGGAUCAAAAAGGACGAUUGGGUUCGCUUGCUCAAUGUCCAGAUCAAGUAUGGAUCCAACGGGCAGAACCUGGAGGGAUUCCUUCGAGAGGACCGGAAUGCAUUCAAAAACAAGAUCUGUGUCGAUAAGGUGGAUAUGCCGGAAGAAGGAGAGUUAAUGGAUCCCCACGUCAAGAAUGCCCUCAGAAGGAAGCGAGAUUACGAGAAGCAACUCAAAGCUGAGUCCAAAGAAACGAAAUCCGCAAAAGGAACGGACAAGAAAAGGCCGGCGGUAGACCAGCCGGAGCAAAAACCUCGGAACGCCAAGCAACGUCGAGCAUUGAAACGAAAUCAAGUUGCAGGGAAGGAGAAGGAAACUGGAAAGGAGGCGGGCGAAGACAAGGAAAUCGAAACACCGCCAGACCUCAACAAGCAAGUGGUAUGCGAGAAUCACGAUGAGCCGGCUGUCGACGUGGCUGCCAUCCUCGAACCAGCAACACAGGAGUUCAUCUUCCAAAACGCGCCUCUGAUUGUCAAACUUCCUUUCCACGACGCACAGUAUCGGACCCAUGUUCGCAUAGUCGACUUCCAUCCUCCCAGGAUACAGGAUUUUGCUUGUGUUCGCAAGCAAAACGAAUACGACGUACUGUCCGACUUUUCUGGUACAGACUCGGAGAAUGAUGAUGACGAUGACGACGAAGAAGGACGUCCAACCAUCGACAAGUAUGUGAGCACGAGCGAGCAGAACUGGGAGUGGCGAUUUGCUCUGUGUCUCCAGGAUGCCACCGCAGCCAAGGACCCCAAAACACGAGAGAAGAAGACGAACAAAUUCUGGGUUGUGGUGGAUAACAUGGACGCCCAGCUCCUGACAGGCCUUGACGCAUGCGACUUCCGCACCAACGCGGGCGUUUUGUCCCAGCUGCGUGAGAAAAUGUUCAUCCUCUGGGGAGACCUCGAAGAGAAGAAGACCAAGAAAUUGGCCGAGCAGGGCAAGAAGCAAAAGGCCAACGUUGGAAAGAAGAAGAAGAACAGCGACCGACCCCCUGAUUCCGACGACGAGGGUGCGGGUGCGGGCGGGGCGUCCAAGAUGGGGAAGGAAAUCAUCUCGAACCGUCCCUUCACUUGCUGCAUACGUCAGUAUGGCAUCCAAGUCAAGGAGCCAGACAGCGAGAAGGCAGAUGCAGGGACAGGACAGAGAUGGCAGCGAAUGUAUGGGCUUUUCGGAACCAAGAUAUGCGGUCACUAG